AACUUUAUGGAAAAUCAAAGAAAAUAAAAAAUCAAUUUAUUUCAGAAGCAAAGUUUAAACUAAACAUGUCUCAACGUCCGAUCAUCAUAGGAUUUUUUCAUCCAUAUUGUAAUGCAGGUGGAGGAGGAGAACGUGUUUUAUGGACGGCAAUUAAAGCUAUUCAGAGUGAAUAUUCACAUAUUAUAUGUGUUGUAUAUACAGGCGACAUAAACUCUAAAAAAAGAGAUAUUCUAGAAAAAACAAAAGAAAUAUUUGAAAUAGAAUUGGAUGAAAAAAGAAUACAAUUUAUAUAUUUAUAUAAACGACAUUAUGUAUCUCCAGAACGAUGGCCGUAUGUUACACUUUUAGGUCAAUCUUUAGGCUCUUUAAUAUUAGCAUAUGAAGCAAUAAAUCAGUGUGUUCCGGAUAUCUUUAUAGAUACAAUGGGAUAUGCCUUUACAUAUCCUCUUAUAUCAUCAUGCUUAGAUAUUCCUAUUGUAGCGUAUGUUCAUUAUCCUACAAUAUCUCAAGAUAUGAUAUCAAAAUUAUCUAAUAAAAGAAUUCUAAAAAAUGUUUACUGGAAAAUGUUUGCUUUGGCUUAUUCAUUUUGCGGCCAUUAUGCAAAUCUUGUCAUAACAAACUCAAGUUGGACACAAGCUCAUAUAGAAUCCUUAUGGAAAAAAAAAAAAGAAAUAAUUACUAUAUACCCUCCUUGCAAUAUAAAAGAAUUAUAUGAUUCUAGUAUAAACCAAAAAAUUGAACGCGAAAAGCUAAUUCUUUACAUUGCACAAUUCAGGAAAGAAAAAAAUCAUAAACUUUUAUUAGAAUCCUUUAAAACAAUGCUUGACACAUACCCUAAAACAAGGGAUUCUGGAAUAAAAUUAAUUUUAAUAGGAUCUAUAAGAGAAAAUGAUGAACCAUAUAUUGAUUCACUCAAAAAUAUGACAAAACAUUUAAACAUUGAUGAUCGUGUUCUAUUUUUCCACAAUUUAUCAUGGAAAGAGAUAGUCACAUGGCUUAAAAAAUCCUGGAUUGGCGUCAAUACAAUGUGGAAUGAACAUUUUGGAAUAGCCAUUGUUGAAUAUAUGGCAGCAGCACUUAUUCCUGUUAUACACGACUCAGGUGGGCCCAAACUUGAUAUCGUUGUAGACUAUAAAGGAAAACCAACAGGAUAUCAUGCUUCUACACCAUCUUCUUUUGCAAAAGCAUUUAAUGAUAUCUUUUCAAUGUCCCAAGAAGACAUUGAUUCCAUGAGAAAAAGGGCUAAAGAAUCAUCUAUACGUUUCUCACAAGAAACAUUUUGUAACCGUUGGCUAGAUAUCAUGGAUAUUCUCUUGAAAUAUGAACAAACUCAUAGACGUGAACGUAUCUAUCGUACUCAGUUUAGAGAAUUUUGAUUUUUUGCAAUUUAAUUCUUAAAACGCAUCAUAAAAGAACGAGGAAAAGGCAUUAUUACAUUUAAAACAGCAUUUUGUGCAGCUGAAAAUAAAGAAGAAGUUAUCCAAUAUAAACAUAAUGCCUAUUAAUUAUUAACAAAUACACAUUAAACGACCGUAUAUUACUAUGGGUGCUUGCAUUGAAAUAAAAAUAAAAAUUAGUGCAUUAACUUGUGCAAAACGUGUCAUAAAUGUUGAUACAAAAAACAUUUCUUUAUGAAAAUAAAUAUUUAACUAAAAAUCAUUAAAAAAGUAAUAUUUUUUUUAAAAAAAAGAGACCUCAAUAUUUAUAAGAUUAAUUAAACCUAAACAAACUGGCAAAAACCCAAUAGAAUCAGGAACUGUUAAGUCUUGCAUCCAUGCAAUUCCUUCAUAGGACAACGAAACUUCCAUAGGUAUGUCUGAUUUCGGAAAUAAUGGAAUUGACCAGCCAGACAUACCACGUAAUGCAAACGUCAUUGUCAAAAACAAUGGAAAUUGUAUAAAAGGCACAACUACUGAUCCAAUCGGAUGACAAUUAUGGCGACGAAAAAGCUCACUUCUUUUUUCAUUAAACUUAAAUCAUUAAUACAUUUCUAACAACCAUUCAAUUAUUUAUACUUUUUCACUUUUAAUAUUAUCAAAUCUUACAAUUUGACAUUUCCAUGCCCGAAUCAACGGCUUAAUAUAUAUAUAUCGAAUCAUCCUAUUUCUUGACCAAAGAACAAUUGGCACCAUAGCAGUACGUAAAAGCAAUGUAGUCAAUGGAAUUGUAGCCCACCAGGGAAUUCCUAAAGCAUGUACUGUUUGCAGCCCAGUACAAGCCAAAGCAAGAAAAUCAUGUCGUGA